AUGUCUGGCCUAGAAGUAGUCGGCCUAGUUGUUGGUAUUCUACCCCUGGCGGUAAAGGCUCUCAAGGGCUACCGCACCAUUCUUUCGGGAGUGAGAAACGUUGAUCGUGACCUCAACGCUCUCAUACGUGACAUUGAAACCGAACACGUUAGGCUCCGGGCUACCUGCGAGAUUCUCCUCGACGGGGUCGCACCUUCACUUGUCAUGGACAAGAUGAUCCAAGCUCCCUUUGGACCUGCUUGGAAACCAUACAACGACCAGCUUCGGCUCCGGCUCUGGACGGAAUGCGGUCAGUUCGAGGAGCUAGUUGCAGAGAUGUGGAAGACCGCUCAGGGGUUGGAGGCCAAGUUGGGUAUCGAAGAGGACGGCAAGACGAGACUGACGGACCGCGUUGCGAUUCUCCGGGAGCUCCAACGGCGCACGAUCUUCACCUUGAAGAAGAAGGACUUCGAGGAGACUAUAUCCAGAUUUAAAACGGCAAACUCUGUUCUCUAUGAGCUCGCUGGGAGAAACUGCGGGCUUGAGCCCACUAGACGGCGCCGCUCCCAGGCUCGGGUUAUUAAGCUUGUCCGAGGGCUGACACUGGGCAUCUUCAACGCUCUUCGAAGUGCGAAAACUUGCCGAUGCGCCGACUCGCACAAUGUCGGCCUGGAGCUGGCCCCGAGGAACGUGGUUCUAGUGCCCAGCGACGAUGACGAUCAAGUCGCCAAGAAAUUCAACUUCCACGUGGGAGUUACAGAUACGCAAAAGACGGCACCGAGCUACUGGCAGAGUCUCUUGGUUAGACCCGCAGGGUUUGAGGGUCAACUGGCCUAUGCCGUUGAGCUUCAGGCCUGCCAGAGAAGCAUCGAUGUCAGCAACGCAAACACUUCUUGA